UAUCUUUGUUUGCUUCUCCAUUAAGACCAAACUCUCUCUCUCUCUCUAGAAAAAAAAAUCUGAGAAACAAAGAUGCCGAGUCACUGUGAGAUCUUUUGUGAGAUUCUGAUCGCAAUUCUGCUCCCUCCGCUGGGCGUUUGUCUCCGGCACGGCUGCUGCACCGUGGAGUUUUGCAUAUGCUUGCUGCUGACGCUGCUGGGUUACCUUCCGGGAAUCAUCUACGCCCUCUACGCCAUCGUCUUCAUCAAUCGCGACGAGUACUUCGAUGAGUACCGCCGCCCCCUCUACGCCUCCUCCAAUUAAACCAAGGGGAUCCUUAGAUCUUUUGUUUGCUUGUUAUGUUUAUAAUAAAAUCUGAAUUUGUAUGCUGCAUAUGUUAAGACUGAUUGCUUGUUUUGGUUUUGCUUCGGAAAAUUAAGGGACCUUGCAUGUUACCAAUUUUA